CUCCCUCCCUUUCACAUACUCACACACAAACCAUAUGACUGAGUCAGUUUUUAGUUUGUAACUGAGUUGAGAUAAGGUUUUCUGGGAAGCUUCGUCUGGUUGGACAACAUUCCAUUUCACAUAAAACAUGUGUGCUCAACAGCUGGGACGUUCUGAAGCACUUUAAGAAACUUGGAUAUUUAAAGUCAGCUGUGUAAGAUGUCCCUGAUGGCCAUGUCUGCUCCCCGCUCCUCUGUGUUUACGUUUGAGUCGAGCGCGCAUUCCUCCCAUGUGCUGCGCCGCCUGGACGACCAGCGUCGCCGCGACACGCUGUGUGAUGUGACAGUGGUGGUGGAGGGUCAAAGCUUCAGGGCCCACCGCUCUGUGCUCGCCUCCUGCAGCGAGUACUUCUCGCUGAGGCUCUCCGGCCUCACACAGCACGGGGCUGUGAUCACUCUGCCACAAGAGGUGACGGUGUCUGGCUUUGAGCCUCUGCUGAAGUUUGCUUACACGUCCAAACUCCUCUUCGGGAAAGACAGUGUCUUAGACAUACGUAAUUCAGCGUCAGUCCUUGGUUUCCGAGACCUUGACGAGGCAUGCUUUGAUUUCUUGCUGCCUAAGUUCUUCUCCCGCAGCAGCGGCGCUGUCGCUUGUCCGAGAAUGACCUGUUGCGAGAGGAAAUACAAGAGGCUCCUGUCAAAGGUAGAGAUUCCCACAGACUCUGACGUUGUGUUGUUGGACGAGAAAGAAGAAAAGCCGGUUGCUGACUCACCCCUUCAGCAGGAAGUGGCUGAGCUCUGCAAGAAAUCGUUGGAGGGCAAAAAAAGGGGAAGUCAGAGCGACAGGGGUGCACUCACACCUGGAGCUGCGGGGGUAAAUGUGAGUUUCGUGCAAUGUCCGAAGUAUCGCAAGUUCCAGCUGGCGUGUGGGAAGGAUGCUUGUGUCACAGAGAGGAGCAAUGUGAACAAUCUGGCGACGGUUGUCAGGGACGACUGUAAUCUAUCCUCCUCGCCCAACUUCAGUCAGAAUGAAAGUGAAGUACAGAUUCCCUCCAGGCGGAGCAAUUACCAGACUGAUGAGCCAUGGAAAACUGAAAGAAAUGAAGAUGGUGUGCGUACACAGGAGGUCAAACUGGAUGAGAACUAUGUUGUGAAAAUGGAGGACGACACCACUGGAGUCAACUCUUUGGACAGAGCCAGUGUCAAUGCAGUCUCCUUGGGGGAAAGCACAGUCCCGGGUGAGAGGUCACCGGGGUUAAUAUUGCACCAUUGCCCUCUGAUGGCCUUAGCUGGAGGCCCUGCUAUCACCAGGUCACUGGAGCAGGAGAGGUCGGUCGUGGACCUUAAAGAAGAGAAGAAACCAGUGGACUGUGGUGAACAAGAGCCGGUUCAUCAAGACGCAGACGCUUGGGGGGAAAGACGAAAAGAAGGACAGACAGUGAGUGAGACGAAAGAAAUCGGAAUCAUGGAAAGAAAUGUAGAGUCUGGUGGGAGCUUGAAUGUCCUGGACUCUGACGCAGGAAGUUCCUCUGAUACAGGAAGUGGACAACCACAGCCUGUAUCUUUGGAGUGGUUAAAGCUUCACGUCAACCUCAGCUCCAGCAGCAGUGGCGGAGGCGGCGGCGGCGACGAUGGUGGCUGUCCCUUUCUCCAAGAUUUGGACCAAAGCAAAUGUUUAUGGAAGGGAGCAGGACAGUCCGAGAGCGAGGGAGCGUCUCUUUCAGGCGUGUCGUCGCUAAACUCGGGGGAGGAUGGAGAAUCCGAGACAGAAACUGAAGGAGACAGUGAGUCGUACGCGAGGGAGAGGGCCAGACAGGUGCAGUUGCCGUUCUCUGUGGACUGGAUCGUGGAUCUGAGCAGGAACGACUUCCAGCAGCUGCUGAAGCAGCAGGAGUUCACGCGCGAGCAGCUCGACUUUGUCCACGACAUGAGACGCCGCAGCAAAAACCGCCUCGCCGCCCAGCGCUGCCGCAAGAGGAAACUGGACUGCAUAUACAAUCUGCAGUAUGAAAUCAACAAGCUGAAGGCCGAGAGGGAGAAACUGAUGAUGGAGAAGAGCCAGCUGAGACAGCUGAAGAUGAAAACAUGCCACAGUGUCUCUGCCUUAUGCCAAAGGGUCUGCAGUGAAUCCAACCUGCAGCCAGAGCAGCUGCAGGUGUUGACCAAGUCCUCAGACUGUCCUCUCUCCUCUCUCUUCCCCCACAUCGACGCUCUCCUCUCACAGCGUGGGUUGCAGGUCCAGCCUCAGACCUCACGCUCAGUCUCCUCUAUGGACCCGGACAAGUUCGAGGCAUCUGAGGAGGCUUUGUCCAGCACCAGCAGGGACACAAGAGAAGGUCAUCGCUCACUUAAGCCACACACUGAAAGUCCUCAUUAAACCUAAAGCUCAGAGGGGUCAGAGGUUAGGACGCCAGGCUGUCCGUUUAACCAAAGGUCACUAUUCUGUCCGGUGCGGUAUCUGAGGACUUUGGACUGAGUAUACACUGCAGAAUCAAACAAUCACACACUUGCUGCCAUAUCAAAACAUGAUAAGAUGCGCUAUCACUGCAUUUAUUACGACACGUUUUAUCAAACUUUUCUACGUGACAUAAUAGAAGGCACCAGUGUCCUUCUAUAGCAAAUGUUUCCAGUCCUGCAAAUGGCUUAGUUUGUUUUCUAGAUGAAGGUGAAAGCAAUGAACAAUGAAACAAUCACAUGUUUGAACAAACAGUAAAUCAGCCGGAACUGUCAGGGGUUCCUACAUCCCAAAAAUACAAUGCAAGCGAGUGGCUUAUGAGCUGCACAACCCUCUGUUUCUCAGUACAGCAGUUAGAGUAUAGAGAAUAGAGUUCUGCACUGGAGCUUUAAGGGAUUUCUUCACUGAAGUGUCGUUGCUAUGGACAAAUGUAAUUAGCUCUGGACUCCAGGCAACUGUUGUUGCAACGCCACUGUGAGUGUUUAAUAAUUACCUCAGGAUCAUUUAAAUGUGUGUGUCUGUGUGUGUGAGAGUAAGUGCGUGUGUACUUGUGUAUUUGUUACCUCUUUAGGACCUUUUUUGACACAAACACUGUCCUUUCUAGGACGAGUAGUCCUCAUGGAGACCACAACCUGGUCCUAAUGAGACAUAAUUUCCUUUUCCAGGUUAAGCACUAAGAUUUGUGGUUAAGUCCAAAUCAGACAGGAAGUCAACGCAGUGUCCUUAAAAGGAUAAAUGCGUGUGUGUUUUCAUACUUGUGUAUACGUUUUUGUGAGGACCUUAUAACUUAUAGGAACUUAAUAAUAAUCCACAGGAAGUGAAGUCACUUUGUGAAACUAAGGACAUUUUGGCUGGUUCUCACUUCCUGUCACAUCUGUUUUUAAUGUCAGGGUUAGAAUUAGGUUAAGGUUAGGCAUUUACUUAGGGCAGUGUUUCCACAUCCAAUCCUGGCUCUCUGCUCCAAAGCUCAGGUCAGCUCGUCAUUUGAAUCAGGUGUGUUGGAGGGAAGUAUUCCCUGAGGACCAGGAUUGGAAGACACUGAGUGAGACAAAAGGACAUGUGAAGCAUUAUGUCUAUUAAACAUGUGUGUGUUUUUUAUUGUUUUUUUUUUUAAUUUUAGUUUGAAUCAAUAUGAUGUGUUAUAAUUUUCACAGGCCAAAAUAAUGACGCGUUGCACACGGUGAGGCUUCUGUGACGUCUCCAUGUGCAACACACACCACAGCAUUUUACACCAAAACCAGAACACGUGUGUCUGUGUGUACUUGUAUUAAUAUUUUUUUUUGAGGUCGAAAAAACUUUUAAAAAAACCUUAUCUUAGUGAGGACAUUUUGUCUGAGCCCCAUAACUUUAAUGAGCUUUUUCACUGUUAACACCUUGUUUUAGAGUCAGGGUUAGUAUUGGUUUAGAGUUGUGAUGAUUAAGGUUAGGGUAAGGGGUGAUGAGUCCUCACUAAGAUAUAUAAACAAAGUUUGUGUGUCUUGUUUACACUCUGGUUGUACCGUAUUUCAGGCUGUCACUGUGGUCACCUCUCCUCAGCUGACCACAGUGACACAGCUCUUGGAGGCUGCGUCAAGCUUUCUUUGACCGGACCUCACUAAAUUUGACUCAAAAUGCUGCAAAGCAGUGUUUUUGUACUUGAACACAGCUUGUUCGACACAAAUUAUGAUCACAUAGUUUGUAUGUGGCAGCCACUGGACUCCUGCUUUUAUUAGACGGAAAUAUUAACUUUGUUACUCACCUCAUCUAUUUUUAUCUAAAACUUGUCAAUGAUCAAGCAAACAAAGUAGCAACAACCCAGAUUAUGUUAAUAGAUAGUGUGUAUACAUAUAUAUAUGUACAUAUAUAUAAUGUAAAGUUUCCUGCACUAUAAUUGUUUUGUGCAUCCAAUUCUUAACUUCAUUUUCUGCAAGUUUUCUAUUCACUGUUUUUUGUUUUUUGGAAAACAUAGACACUCAGGCUCUCUCUCAAUACCCAUGUAUGCACGUAUGUACUACUGGGAAGUACGUGCUUGAGAAGUACUAGUACAAGUACGGGAGUACAAAAGUACGAUCUCUUCUAUUGGAACAGCGGCGUACUUGUGCCUAAGCCUCAUUAUCGUCACCCACAGAGUGUUGAUAAAUGAACAUACAAAAAUA